CUCUCGUAGACAUUUCAGUAGAAGAAAAACAAGCAUAACAACAUGGAGGCGGCGACAACAACGACGGAAUCUGGUCAAUGCUUCGGCUGGAAGAAGACGGCUAUAGCAAUAACCCACUGCAAGCGAGGUAAAGGUUUGAUCAAGAUCAACGGUGUACCUAUCGAGCUAGUUCAACUAGAGAUUCUCAGAAUCAGGUUUUAGGACAACAAGUAAUUUCCUGUGAAGAUUUAUCGUCUGGUGGUAUAUAACAGAUAAGGACUACACCAGAGCAAGUUGUAGGUUGGCCUCCAAUUUGUUCAUUUAGGAAAAAUCUUGCAAGUAGCAGCUCUGUGAAAUCUGCAAUUGAGACACAAAAUGUGGUCCCAAAUAAGAGUGCCAACAAAAAAUCAAUGGAAAUUUGUCAGAAAGGAUUAUUUGUUAAGAUCAACAUGGAUGGUAUUCCUAUUGGAAGGAAAGUACAUCUCAAAGCUUAUGACAGCUAUGACAAAUUCUCUUCUGUUGUUGAUCAACUUUUUAGAGGCCUUCUUGCUGCUUAAAAUGAUCCAUCUACUGGUGGGAAUGAGAAGAAGGAAGACAGGGAGAAAGCGAUAAAUGGUUUAUUGGACAGAAGUGGGGAAUAUACUCUUGUAUAUGAGCAUGUUUGUGUCUACUGUGAAAAGGCUGUGUGUGUUGAAAAGCUCCGACCUCUAUACACUUACUAUUGAUCCAACAACAGAGAAGUCGAGUAAACUGUUAAACAAGAAAGCAGAGGCAAAAGCUGGAGAGGCAUCAUUGGAAAUUUCAAGUUCCUCAAAAGAAAGAGUGGACAUUGCUACUGAUGUAGGAGUCAAGGCAUCAUCAACUUUAAGUGAGACAGUUAAUGUUUCUAGCUCUAUGCCUAAUGAGACUGUUGGUAGCAGUAGUGCGAGCGGUACUUCUAAGAAACCAACUAUGGAUGAGUUGAUUGAAGAUAAAAGCAAAGCCAGCAUUCAACAUGGUAGCAGCCAUCAGAAAAGAGUCAAUCCUCCACUAGACAGAAUUCGUCUUGAAACAUUGAAAGGCACUUCAACAAAAUCUGGUGAACAUGAAACAAAUCCAUUCCUUGCUUACUGAAGGCAUGUGUCACAACUUUUGUGAAAUUUUGGACUGAAGAAUUCCUUCUUUACUUUUCCUUCGAGUGCUUUGAAUCUGGCUAUAGAUCCAGCUGUUGAAGUGGAUGAUGAAGAGUUUUUGAACUACUGUAAAAGUUUGAAUACAUUAUAUUUGAUUUUGUGAAAUAUAUUCAUUGCUAGAAUAUAUUGAACAAUUGUAAGAGUACUUUUUGAACUAUUGUGUACACAUAUUUAGAAUAUUGCUUUAUAAGUAUGUGUAUAUACACAAGACAUACUAUCUUUUGAAGUUUAUUGCAAA